UCGUCUCUCGGCUCUGCUCAGGCUUGUCAGUGCGGGCGAGAGCGCUGCUAAACAUGGCGACGGACGGAAUGAUUUUAACCAACCACGACCACCAAAUCCGAGUUGGAAUAUUGACAGUGAGUGACAGCUGCUUCAGAAACCUUGCUGAGGACCGCAGUGGAAUCAACCUCAAAGAUCUCGUCCAUGACCCGUCCUUGCUUGGAGGCAUAAUCUCUGCAUACAAAAUAGUCCCUGAUGAGAUUGACGAGAUCAAGGAGACACUGGUGGACUGGUGCGAUGAGAAGGAGCUUAACUUGAUCCUGACCACCGGUGGAACGGGUUUUGCACCCCGUGAUGUCACGCCUGAGGCCACCAGGGAGGUGAUCGAGCGUGAAGCUCCAGGGAUGGCUCUAGCAAUGCUCAUGGGCUCCCUAAAUGUCACGCCACUCGGCAUGCUGUCCAGACCCGUAUGUGGAAUCAGGGGCAAAACCCUCAUCAUUAAUUUACCUGGGAGCAAGAAGGGCUCACAGGAGUGCUUCCAGUUCAUCCUGCCUGCUCUGCCGCAUGCCAUUGACCUGCUGCGGGAUGCCAUAGUGAAGGUGAAGGAGGUACACGACGCUCUAGAGGACCUGCCGUCCCCUCCACCACCCCUCUCCCCUCCACCCACCACCAGCCCACACAAGCAGACAGAAGAAAAGGGUGUGCAGUGUGAGGAAGAGGACGAGGAGAAGAAGGACAGUGGCGUGGCGUCCACAGAGGACAGCGGCUCCUCUCACAUCACAGCGGCUGCUAUUGCUGCUAAGAGCAUGAAGUCUCAUCCCAGCCAUGCUGUUGUCAUGGCGAAAGGUGGACAGCCCUUGAGUGGCUUCAUCCCGUCCACCUCCAUUCUGUCCCAUUUCACCUGCUCCUGCAGCGAUACGAUACCAGAGUCCAUCAUUUCACGAGGCGUGCAGGUUUUGCCGCGGGACACCGCCUCUCUCAGCACCACGCCCUCGGAGUCUCCUUGUGCUCAGCAGUCCCGCCUCUCCACUGCCUCCUGCCCCACCCCCAAAGCCUCACGGAGAGAGUUCAGGGCUCACCUGGAUGAGGUCAUCACGCUCAAGUCAAGGUACUCUACCUUGGACCAGCUCCACUCUAGGCUGGAGGGGCUCAAAGAUGAUCGCAGGAACCAUAGGACCUUCGACUCGCGAGUGCAGUCACGAUGCAGCAGCAAGGAGAACAUCCUGAGAGCAAGUCACAGUGCAGUGGAUAUCACCAAGGUAGCUCGGAGACACCGCAUGUCCCCGUUUCCCCUCACUUCUAUGGACAAGGCCUUCAUCACUGUGCUGGAGAUGACUCCUGUCCUGGGUAACGAAAUCAUCAACUACAGAGAUGGAAUGGGUCGAGUUCUGGCUCAGGACGUCUACGCCAAAGACAACCUGCCUCCUUUCCCUGCAUCAGUUAAAGAUGGCUACGCUGUUCGAGCUGCUGAUGGUCCUGGUGAUCGCUUCAUCAUUGGAGAGUCUCAGGCUGGGGAGCAGCCCACUCUCACAGUUAUGCCAGGCCAAGUGAUGAGGGUGACGACAGGUGCUCCUAUCCCAUGUGGUGCAGACGCUGUAGUGCAAGUAGAAGACACAGAACUGCUACGAGAGUCUGAAGACGGUACAGAGGAGUUGGAGGUGAGGAUCCUGGUUCAGGCUCGUCCAGGACAGGAUAUCAGGCCUAUAGGACAUGAUAUCAAGCGUGGAGAGUGUGUGCUGGCUAAGGCCACUCACAUGGGUCCAUCUGAGAUCGGCCUCCUGGCCACUGUAGGAGUCACAGAGGUGGAGGUGCAGAAAUUCCCAGUUGUAGCAGUCAUGUCCACCGGCAAUGAGUUGUUAAACCCUGAGGAUGACCUUCAUCCAGGCAAGAUCAGGGACAGUAACCGAUCCACACUGUUGGCCACCAUUCAGGAACACGGCUAUCCCACCAUCAACCUCGGCAUCGUCGGAGACAACCCAGACGACCUGUUGAACGCCCUGAACGAGGGCAUUAGUCGUGCUGACGUCAUCAUCACCUCCGGGGGCGUGUCUAUGGGUGAGAAGGACUAUCUGAAGCAAGUGCUGGAUAUAGACCUCCAUGCCCAGAUCCACUUCGGUCGAGUGUUUAUGAAGCCGGGUUUGCCUACUACGUUUGCCACCUUAGACACUGACGGUGCCAGAAAGCUGAUCUUCGCCCUUCCAGGUAAUUUCACCUACAGAGACACAGGGGCGACUCUUCUGGAGACUGUGCCCCUGAGUGACAGCGAGGCCAGCAGACUGCCUGUGCCUCCUCCCCCACGAGGAAGUAACCCAGUGUCAGCUGUUGUAACCUGUAACCUCUUUGUUAUCCCUGCAUUAAGAAAGAUGCAGGGGAUCCUGGACCCACGGCCCACCAUCAUCAAAGCCAGGCUGUCCUGUGAUGUAAAGUUGGAUCCACGUCCAGAAUAUCAUCGCUGUAUACUGACAUGGCACCACCAGGAACCACUUCCCUGGGCACAGAGCACAGGAAACCAAAUGAGUAGUCGGCUAAUGAGCAUGCGCAGUGCCAACGGCCUUCUGAUGUUGCCUCCGAAAACAGAGCAAUACGUGGAGUUGCACAAGGGUGAAGUCGUGGACGUCAUGGUCAUAGGACGGCUAUGAUGUCAUCUUAAGGGGACAGACCAAGUACAGAGCAAGAAAGUGGUGCAUGUCCACAUAUCAUUACUAUUCUGGAAUAUGCAACGGCACAGCUAGGUUUUAUUGAUUUGGGAGAAGUUGAUCCAGUAUAAUCAACAUUUCGAACAAAGACGAAUAUGUGAAAUUUCUGAAAAUACGACUUCGAAGACAUCAUAGUAUUUCAAAGACAGAAAACAUUAUACCUUUUAAAGUGAGAAUAUAUAUAUAUGAAAUAUAAGAGAUUUAUUCUGUAAUAUAUUGUUAUAAUUAUUAUGAUUAUUCAUAUAAUGAUGAAUAUUAUCAUAUUAAGCGUUCUCUUUCAUUGCAAUUGCUUUGUGUGUUCAAUGCUAGAACUUAUAGAUAGCCGUAGUAUUUUAAUAGACAGCUGUUGGCGCCUGUCACACAUACAUCAGAAAGCUUAUUUUCUCAUCGGUAGAAAAUGUGUCACUGAGGAAUGAAAAGCUCUUCAAAAUGACAGGAGCUGGAUCUUUUCAUCUCCCCUCAAAGUGCACCAAGGUGACCCAGCUAUCUUUCCCUUUAGUAUUAUAUGCUCCAUAAAGACUUCAUUAUGCUUCAUAAAGGGUUUACAAAACCGCUUUGCUUGUCGUUUAUCUUGUGAGUCGUGUUUAUGUGCGCAGUGCCAAAAGCCAGGGCUGUGGGGGAAGGUCUUGUGGUCGUGCCGCCGGGUGGCACAGACUUUGUGUGGAAACGAUGACCGGUCGGUGGGGGUCUGUGUAAAUUCUGUGCUACUUUAGCGCGCCCCGAGGCAUGUCCUGUGCUACAGGCUAUACAUCAGUCUGGAACAUACUUCAUAGUAAACUGGCCCUCAUAGCUCUGUCCUUAUUACUCUCUAUUUUACACACUACCCUUACAUUUAAACUCGCCCGGCCCAAUCCUAGAGGCUGAGCUCCCUGGAAACUUUUAUUUGUUUAACUUUGAAGAUGAAGACAGCUUAUUUAAGUGCUGACUGCCUUUUUAAAUGAAUUACAUCAAAUGUACAGUCAAAAAAAAUGCAAGAGUGAUAUUGUACAGACAAGUGACCAGCACUCCUGAGGAAUAUACUAUGGUACUGAAAAGAUAUUGAAAACCUCUGUACUAUAAUAUCAUUUUCUGUAAUACUGAUCUAAUGCGAGAAUUAAAAUUCUUGAUCAUUAUGUA